AUUACAUGUUCAGUAGAGGAUUAUUUCACUCUUCAUGCGAUUGAUUGGCGCUCAUUGUGGAUUGAUCAUGUCAUAACGCUUGAGUUCGUGUGAGUUCAGCCGUCGUGAGGAUUUCACGUUUCUGGAGGUGUUGUAGGAUGAUGGAUUCUGUCACAGGAUUGAUCACUGCGGCGGCAGGGGGCGGAGCUCAAGCUGACGAGGGCGUGGAGGAAGGGGGCGGAGUCAGGCGGCGAGUCCCUCACGUUGAAAUGAAGCUGGUCUCGCUGGAGGAGGGGUCAGAGGCCACGCUGAACAGUGACAUCACGACCAUGAUGCUGCAGCAGCAGAUGGACCGCAGGAAAGCAGCCGUCUACCUCACGCUGAUCGGCCUGCUGAUAUUCAGCACAGCGUUCCUGCUGGGAUACGUGGCGUUCCGUGGGAUGUGCCAUCUGUGCGGGGACGAGGGGGACCUGAUUCCUCUGAGCGACGCGGCGGGAGCGGACCACUCGCCCGAGGGAGGGGUGCUGUACAUGGCCGAACUCAGAGACAUGCUGAAGAAGUACUUGAGGGAGGAGCGGAUCGAGAGCACACUCAGGCGCGUGAGCCGGGCGUCUCAUCCUCCGGGAUCUUCAGAAGGGAACGCUGUGGCCAGAGAAAUCCUGCAGAACCUGCAGAACCUCCGCAUGGAUCACACCUGGACCGACUCGCACUACGCCACGCUGCAGUUUCCCUCCAGGACGCAGCGGAACACUCUCUGGUUGGUCGAUUCUGAGGGGGCGGAGCUUGAAGAGAUUGCGUUAGACAGCGAGGGAUACUGCGCCUACAGCGCCACGGGAACGGCCACGGGAGGCGUGGUGUACGUGAACUAUGGCCGCCGCGAGGACUUCAAGCAGCUGCGCGCGAUGGGCGUGUCCCUCAACGGCUCCAUCGCCGUGGCGCGGGUGGGCGGGGCCGUGAGCUUUGCAGAGAAGGUGUGGCACGCGCAGGAGGCGGGGCAUGUGGGCGUCCUCAUCUACCCCGACCCCGCCGACGUGCCCCAGGAUCCACGGCGACUCGGUCUCCAUAGCAACGCCGUCAUCUCAGAACACGUGCAUCUGGGCUCCGGUGACCCGUUCACACCUGGAUUUCCCUCUUUUAACCACACCCAGUUCCCAUCCACCCAAUCCUCCGGCCUGCCAAUCAUUCCUGCUCAGCCAAUCAGCGCCAACGUUGCUUCCAAACUGCUGAGUCAGUUGUCCGGCCCCGACUGCCCGCGGGGUUGGCAGGGCCGGUUGCCGUACGUUCAGUGUGUUUUGGGGCCGAGCUUCACGGGGCCGUCUGAGCGCAGGGUGAAGAUGGCCGUCUAUAACACCAUGAAGCCGGUGCUGCUCAACAACAUCUUUGCCUCCAUAGAGGGCAAAAUCGAACCCGAUCACUAUAUAAUCGUCGGGGCCCAGAGGGAUUCUUGGGGCCCCGGAGCCGUGAAGUCUGGAGUCGGAACGGCCCUCCUGAUGGAACUAGCAAGAACCUUCAGCAACAUGGUGGAAAACGGCUUUUACCCCAGACGCAGUUUGCUUUUCGUCAGCUGGGAUGGAGGAGACUUUGGGAAUGUUGGUGCCACCGAGUGGCUGGAGGGUUAUCUGACGAUGCUGCACCUGAGAGCUGUGGCAUAUUUCAGUCUGGAUCAGGCCAUCCUGGGUGAUGAUAACCUCUCCGUCUACUCCAGUCCUCUGCUCACGGACCUCGUCGAGGGAGCCAUCAAACAAGUUGAGCAUCCCAAACACACGGGCCAGUCGAUUCUGUCUCUGGUGCAGCGUCAGGGCAGCUGGAGGAACAUAGUGAAGCCGUUGUACCUGAACAGCGGCGCCUACAGUUUCACCACGUUUGGAGGAGUUCCUGCCAUGCAGCUGCAUUUCAACGAAGACGCUCGCUCGUACCCGUUCGUCAACACUCAGCUGGACAGCGUGGACCGGCUGCAGGAGCUGCUGCAGGGGCGUCUGGGUUCGGUGGGUCGUGCCGUCACUGAGCUGGUGGGUCUGAUGGUGCUGAAACUCUCCCAUGAUCACAUUCUGCCGCUGGACGUCACCUGCUACAGCAGCACGGCACUGAAGCUCAGCUCCACUCUCAACCUGCACGCCGCGCAGCUACAGUCGCGCGGUUUGUCUCCGCAGUGGGUUUUCAGCGCACGAGGCGAUUACAGCAGAGCGGCGAAAAACCUGCAAGAGGCCAUCAAGAACAGCGACAUUCAGGACGAAAGGCUGGCCAGACUCUACAACACACGCAUUAUGAGGGUGGAAUACUACUUCCUGUCGCAGUACGUUUCGGUGGUCGAGACGCCGUUCCGUCACGUGUUUCACGGUCGUGGAGAUCACACUCUGAGCGCCCUGGCCGAUCAUCUGUCGCUCCUGCACUCCGACCCGCAGCAGUUCGACGAGGCCCGUUUCCGCCGGCAGCUGGCGCUCUUCACCUGGACGCUGCAGGGCGCCGCCAACGCGCUCAGCGGAGACGUCUGGAACAUCGACAACCCUCUCUAGAGCUCCACGUUCAACUUCAGCAUUUAUUUAUCCAUGGGAUAUUCUAAAACGCUUAAUGUGAAAAACGCUUAAUAUUUUAACAAGUGGACAUCAUUAAUCCAAGUGGAAAGACAAUAAUUUUACGUUAAAGGAUUAGUUCACUUUCAGAUUAAAAUUUCCUGAUAAUUUACUCUCAUCCAUGUCAUCCAAGAUGUU